GUGGAGAUGCACAUUUCCAAAACCAUAAUCAGAAACCCUAAACUGUCAAACUUGGAACGCGUUUAUGGAAAUCCACCACCUAUAACUCUUCUAUCCCAACCUAGAUCCCUUAUUCUGAGAUUAUCCUUCACUUGAACCCACCAUGCCCCCCACACUUCGUACAGUCGCAACUUUCGAAGAAUUUAGCCUUGUAGUGGACUGCAUGUGGGUAUCGUAUGCUGAUCCCUACAACCCAUUUCUUGGCCUCAUUGUUCCGAUUAAAGAACCUACCGCCGAAGGAGUAGCGACUGCAGUCCGGGGGAUGAAGAAUCGAUUCUGGGAAUCUCAUAAAGCAGAUAGGGAUAGUUUUUGGGUGUAUAUUGUUGAUGAGGAUGAUCACGGAGAGGAUGCUGGAAAGGUUUUGGCGGGAGCGAAUUGGCUAUUUCAUGAAGCGAGUCCGUUUGGGGAGAAGAAAGAUGGAGAAAAUGGCGAAUAUGACAACAAUCAUGGCAAUAAGGGUAAUGAAAAUGGUGACGGGGAGACAACUGAAGAGGAAGACAUUAGCCUUGCAUCUUGGUGGCCCGAAGGCGAAGCACGUGAGUUUGUGAAGGCGAUUCUUUCCCAAGUAUUUGGAAUGAGAGCGACAAGGAUGACAAGACCUCAUGCUCAACUCUCCAUGAUGUUUACCCUCCCUGAUCACCGUGGUCGUGGUUACGGAUCUUUACUCAUGGAAUACGGAAUGUCCAAAAUCUCAGAAAUGGAUGUAGAAGCACUCGUAGAGGCCACCGCUGACGGAAUUUCUCUGUAUGAGAAAUAUGGCUUACGAACCAUUCAUGAGGUGAUCGUAGAUACCACCUACAAGAAUGGAAAACCAGGAUUUAUCUGGCGUAAGAUGGCACAUGAGUGUAAAGGGAAUGCUACGUGGUGGAUGUGGAAACCAAGACCGAGCGAUGGAAUACUUUAUACACCGGAAAUGGAGUUACCGUGGGAGAAGAAGGAAGAGAGUUUAGGUCGAUAAAUGUGAGAUGUUUGACUAAAAUACGUUUGAAACUUAGAAAGUUGCAAGAGGAGAGGAUUGGGUCGAGUGAUCUGAAUAUUCCGUCUCUCUUAUUUUGUUCAAAGGUCAAUUCUAGAGACAAGAUGUGAAGCUGUAGAUUAGAAAUGGGCAACUUUGUUACUUCGCAUAGCCACAGAAGAAAGGUCGUUAAAGUGGAAGUAAUGGUAUUGAGCUUUAGAUACCUACCAAUAUAUCCACCAGUAAUUUGAUUCUUCA